AACUUCAAUUGAAACUCAAAAUUAAUUUCUCCAAACCUAUCCUAAAAGGAACAUACCCUAAAAUACUUGUUAUUCGACACUAAAGAUAAAUAUUGACGAGGAGGUUGUCGUGAAUUCCUUGUACGGAUCGAUCGUCUCCGAUCGCGGAGAACCAUGAACGAAUCUCGGCGGCACCAGGUGUCGCUGCGAGGAGCUAGUGCCAAGGAAAUCACGAGAGACGCCCUUCUAGAGAGGGUUAAUCAGGAGAGGGAGCUACGGAUUUAUACCAGGCGGGCUAACGCUGCCGGAUUGUUCAUCCAGAGGGUAUGGAGGCGGCAUCACGUGACGAAGGCGGUGGCGCUUCAGAUGCGGGAGGUGUGGGAAGUAAUGAUGAACAAUCGUCCCAGCGGUCUAACGGGAAUGGAGAUAUCUGGCAAUGUUUUGCGUCCAUUUCUCUUCUUUAUCGGGUGCUUGCCGGUUCGUUGUGGGAAAAUUAGGGCCAGGGACAAGGAGUGUAUGAUAAGUUGCUUCAGAAUUGUUCUGGAGGACAUGACUUCAAAGGACGCACAUCAAAAUUUUUGCUUGAUGGCGAUUGGUAGUAUUGCAGAGAAGGAAAUAUGGCUUCAACAAUCAAAGAAACUCCUUUCCAUAUGCUUGUUUGUUUUAUCUGUGUUUGACUAUUCUAAUCAAAAUGUUGAAGAUGUUGUGCUCACAUCCACAGCAAUGCGAUUGUCAGUUCUCCUAACUGAUCCAAAUGGUUGGAAUUGCAUUAGUGAUAAUGACCGGAAGGAUGCAAAUACUACUGUGAAAACUCUAGUGCACUUUAUUGGGAGGGAAAAAUGGGGAUUAUAUGAUGGCAUCAGGAAAUUUAUGUUGAAACUAGAAGCUCCUUUUUCUUCUCAAGGGGUUUUAUCUUGUCAGACAGAUGAUAGAUUCUUGAUAAUUGCUAGUGCUGUAACUUUAUCUCUGCGACCAUUCCACCUAUCAAUGAUGGACGCAAAUGAUGAAUGGAUGAUGGAGCGCGCUGUUGAGCUUUUUUGUAUCUUUCUACUCACAAUACCGUGGUUUCCUCAACGUUUGCCUGCAAUACUUGUGCCUGCUUUGAGACACAAGUCAGUUUUAUCACUGUGCCUCAGGAUGUUACUGGUCUUAAGAGAGAAGAUUUUGGAGGAAAUGUCUGAGAUGGAUCAGUUGGAGGUAACCUCCCGAAAGAUGCCACAGGUGGGUUGGGCUCUAGCUAACAUUGUGUACCUUGCAUCACUCGAUUCAGGAAAAUUCAGUGAGGGUUUAGACUUUGCAUCUUAUCUCCAAGUAGUUAUUUUACUUACAGAAAAACUAUUGACUUCACUUGGUGGCUUGCAACAAAUAAGAAGGAAAGAUGAAGACAUUCAAGGUGGUAAUGAUUCUUCUUCUGAAUCUGGUUUGGUUUUUGAUGAUACAAGUGUCUUCCCAAAGUUGACUUAUAUGGACAUGUUAAAGCCUGCUUAUCAACAGUGGCAUUUAAAGAAACUCCUAGCCUUUGCAAAAGAUGCUUCUGUAUGCGUAGCUGGGGAUUUUCCUUCAGGUUGUCUAAAGCCUCAAGGGAAGUAUGGGCUGCUUGACAUUGCUCAUUAUUAUUCGUGCAUGCUUCGACUAUUUUCAACUUUGAAUCCUGUGAUAAAAUCUUUGCCAGUCCUCAACAUGCUGUCUUUCACCCCUGGGUUUCUCUUUAGUUUGUGGGAAGAACUAGAAAAUUAUCUCUUUCAAGGCAAAAAUCGAAGUAUGGAAUCAAAUUCACUGUACUCAAUCACUACAUCUCAAGGUAGAAGCAGUGGAGAUUAUGAUAGGAGGCAGAAGAGGGUCAACAAAGACACUGGUAAUAAAUGGACCAAUGUACUGCAGAAAAUUACUGGAAAAUCUCAAACAGAGAAUGAUUAUGCGUAUUCAGGAAAUGGGCAGUCUAGCUUUAGCCAAAUGGAGGAACUUCAUUCUGAUUGGUGGGACAUUGUAUCCUUAAGGCAGGGUCCUGAAGCCAUACCCGAAGAUAUAUCUUGUCUGCUUCUACUCUUCUGUUCAAGCUAUUCUCAUCUGUUGUUGGUUCUUGAUGACAUGGAGUUCUAUGAUAAGCAGGUUCCAUUCACAUUGGAGCAGCAACAAAAAAUUGCAUCAAUGAUCAACAACCUUGUGUAUAAUUCUUUAUCCCGUGGUAUCACUUCUCCAAAUAGAGUACUUGUGGAUUCUGCGAUUCGGUGCAUGCAUCUUUUAUACGAAAGGGAUUGUAGGCGCCCAUUCUGCAAUCCAUCUUUGUGGCUUGCCCCUGGGAGAAGUAACAGAAUGCCAAUUGCUGUUGCUGCCAGGACUCAUGAAGUUUUUUCAGCUGCUGAUGGAGCACUCUCCUCAAGCAUGGGUUCUGUAAUCACUACCAUGCCACAUGUAUUCCCCUUUGACGAGAGAGUAAUGAUGUUCAGAGAAUUUAUCAGCAUGGACAAGGUAUCGAGAAGAUUAGCUGGUGAAGGUGCUGGACCUGGACGGGCACUUGAGGUUGUUAUCCGCCGGGGUCAUAUUUUUGAAGAUGGAUUACAACAACUAAAUUCCCUUGGUUCAAAGCUGAAAUCUGCCAUACAUGUUUCAUUUGUUAGUGAAUCUGGUCUUCCCGAGGCUGGACUUGACUAUGGUGGAUUGUCAAAGGAGUUCCUGACUGAUAUUGCAAAAAUAGCAUUCUCACCAGAGUAUGGCCUAUUCUCCCAGACGACAACUUCUGAUAGGUGUCUGGUACCCAAUACGACUGCAAGAUCUUUGGAUAAUGGGAUACAAAUGAUUGAGUUUCUAGGAAGAAUUGUCGGUAAAGCUCUCUAUGAAGGAAUACUACUUGACUUCCAUUUUUCACAUGUUUUUGUGCAAAAAUUGUUGGGGCGCUAUAGCUUUUUGGAUGAACUCUCCACUCUGGAUCCUGAAUUUUACAGGAACCUCAUGUAUGUUAAGCAUUAUGAUGGUGAUGCUAGUGAUCUUUGUUUGGAUUUCACUAUUACUGAAGAGUCCCUUGGAAAACGACUUGUCAUUGAACUUAAACCAGGUGGCAGGAAUAUUCCUGUGACAAAUGAAAACAAACUGCAAUAUGUUCAUGCCAUGGCUGAUUACAAACUUAACCGACAGAUACUUGCUUUCUCCAAUGCAUUUUACCGAGGUCUGACAGAUUUAAUAUCCCCUUCUUGGAUAAAGUUGUUUAAUGCAAGUGAAUUCAAUCAGCUGCUUUCGGGUGGAGAUUAUGACAUUGAUGUUGAUGAUUUGAGGAAAAACACACAUUAUACUGGGGGCUACAGUGAAGGGAGUCGAACUGUUAAGCUAUUCUGGGAGGUUUUUUUGGGGUUUCGGCCAAAAGAGCGAUGCAUGCUUAUUAAGUUUGUAACCAGUUGCUCUCGAGCACCUUUGCUUGGAUUCAAGCAUCUUCACCCACCUUUUACCAUCCAUAAGGUGGUCUGUGAUGUUCCUCUUUGGGCUUCAUUUGGCGGACAAGAUGUAGACCGGCUUCCAUCAGCUUCGACAUGCUACAAUACUUUGAAGCUUCCAACAUAUAAACGUGUGAGCACGCUGAGAGAGAAACUCCUCUAUGCAAUCAAUUCAAAUGCUGGAUUUGAGCUCUCCUGAUGCUAAUGAUGAUAAGAAGCUCUAGCCAUGGCAUUGUAGAUGUUGUGUAGCUCAUGACUGGGUAAGCUUUCUCUCUGAAUUCAGUAGAUAUCGGCGAACUCCGGCUAAGCCCUGUUAAGAUGUAUGGCUAAUUAUUGUGCCUAUGCACUUCCUCAUCUCGGCUCCCAUAUAAAUACUAUAGGAUUGCUUGCUAAGUUUGGAGGUAUGGCUAUAUUUUGAUUUGAUGAUAAUUAAUACACACUGCAUUGCUGAAAGGUUUAGUGUGGUGUGCUAUAUUUACCAUCUUUAUAAGGGGCAUUUAUGUGAUUUUGAUAAUGUUUUUUAA